AUGGACGCUCCAAGAGCAAGAACAGAGAAAGACGGUCUCCUGCUCGAUCAGGACCAAUGUCGACAAUAUGGCCAUCACUCGACAGGCAAAGCAUACCAGACUCGAACUGCUAGUCCAUACACAAGCUCCAACGACGAGGGUAAGACAGAGGCCGAUUGCAAGCGAAGGGGACGAAGUUGGCAUGGGAGGCUUAUAAGGUCUUUGCUGCCGGGCCUCAGUUGGAUAUCCAAGUAUCGACUCGAGGAUCUAUCUGGGGAUCUCAUGGGCGCGACGACGGUGGCGGCUGUAUACGCCCCCUUGUCCGUCUCGUUCGCGCUAGUGGGCCAUGCCCACCCAACGAGCGGGAUGGUGUCCUUCAUUGUAUGCGCACUGAUCUAUGCAUUGCUCGGACACUGUCGUCAGAUGAUCAUCGGUCCCGAAGCCCCAGGCUCUUUUCUUGUGAGAAUAACGGUCGCAUUGGUCAACAAGGGCACAAGCAAGACCGACGCGGAUCCUGUGCAUGAUUCUCAGCUUGUGGGAGCGGUCACUGCCACAGCAGGUACAAUCCUUCUCGUUACCGGCUUGACCAGACUGGCUUCAGGCUUCACCAUCGCGCUUGGCAUUGGAGUCGUCGUCGAACAGGAAAUACUGGCGCUGGGGCUGAAGGCUCUGGUUCAACAAGUUGAUGAUGCACCCUCCUCUCGGACUGGCAGCAGUAUCGCUGGCAAGUUCAUCUUCAUUCUGGAAAAUCUCGGGAAUCUCCAUGUGCUCUCGGCACUACUGUCGAUUUCGAGCUUCACUCUUGUCAUGGCGGCUCGGUCAGUCAAAACGUCGCUCAAAACACGGUAUCCCAUGAUUGUGCCUUUUCCAGACCGCCUCUUUAUUGUCAUUCUCGCUGUUUCAUGA